UUAACCCAGUUGUGUGUCUUCUGAAUCUUCUUUAACAAGGAUUAUUUUUUUGAGCUAAAGCCUCUUUUAUGAAGUAUACAAGUCUAACUGAUCUAGCUUAGAAGAUAGUAACAUUCUUAUCCUAUCCACCAAUCCAAUUUUAGGUCCAUAUUACCCACAAGGAAGCCACUUAAGGAUGCAGACAACUCUUACAGACACUGCUUUAACAGGUCCUUGUACGUUCUGGCUGCUGCAGAAUUCCUUUUGGUGAAAGAAAACAUUAACAUGGGGAAGACCAAUCAAUCUUCUGUGACAGAAUUUGUUCUAUUGGGGCUUUCUGGCUACCCAAAGCUUGAGGCCAUUUACUUUGUUUUGGUCCUAUGUAUGUACCUGGUGAUCCUGCUGGGAAAUGGAGUCAUCAUAAUUGUAAGUGUCUAUGACUCCCACCUGCACACCCCCAUGUACUUUUUCCUCAGUAACUUAUCAUUCUUGGAUAUUUGCUACACCAGUUCUUCUAUUCCCCUAUUUCUCAGCAGCUUAACUUCAAAGAAAACCAUUUCCUUCUCUGGAUGUGGAGUGCAAAUGUUUCUCUCCUUAGCUCUGGGAACCACAGAGUGUGUCCUUCUCAGCAUGAUGGCAUUUGACCGCUAUGUGGCUAUAUGCUUCCCUCUGAGAUACCCCAUCAUUAUGAGCAAGACUUUCUAUGUACCUAUGGUUGCCGGGUCCUGGAUUGCAGGGGCUGUCAAUUCUGUGUUGCAAACCUCUUUUGCCAUGCAGCUUCCUUUCUGUGGGAAUAAUGUCAUUAAUCAUUUUACUUGUGAAAUCUUAGCUGUCUUAAAAUUGGCCUGUGCUGAUAUCUCUAUAAAUAUUAUUUGCAUGGCUGUUGCUUAUAUGAUUUUUCUUGUUGUCCCAGUACUUUUCAUUUUUGUUUCUUAUGUUUUGAUUAUGUCCACCAUCCUGAGAAUUCCUUCUGCAGAGGGAAGGCGCAAAGCCUUCUCCACCUGCUCUGCCCACCUAACAGUGGUGAUUAUAUUCUAUGGAACCGUCUUCUUCAUGUAUGCAAAACCCAAGGCUAAAGACUCUGCCAGUACAGACAAAGGAUACGUCACAGACAAAAUCAUCUCUCUCUUCUAUGGAGUUGUGACACCCAUGCUCAAUCCUCUCAUCUAUAGUUUGAGGAACAGAGAUGUGAAGGCAGCUGUGAAGAAUAUGUGUCAGAAAUGCUCCUCACAGGGAACAUGAAUGCUAUUAAAAAAAUUUCUUUACUCUGAAUGCAGGUCUUGUUAUCCCCUGAAAGUUCCAAAACAAAAAUAAGAGUUGGUGGUACCAUUAAUCCCUGAAACUAAUUUUUCUGUUCCUGGUAUUUAAAUGUGAGAGAAAUCUAGGGCCUACCCUUUCCCUUCAUGACUGGAUUAAAGAGAAAGGUACAGAAAUUUAGGGGUAAAAGGAUUUGUUAGGUCUGAUCAAAUAAUUGAAUCAAUGCCCCCUCCCCUGGGAACUGACCUUUAGGCCACUUCACAAUGGACAUUCCACUUGCUUAGACCACAUUCCACUUGCUAACAUGAUUCUCUCUCCCCUCUGGACUAUCCUAGAAUCCGGACCUGCACAAGAGAAUUCUCCACCCAGAGAAAGCCUGCCUAGAGUCCUUUAAAAACCUGACUCCCUGUCUUUGGGUGCUGGCACCAUUUUGGGGCUUAGCCCAUCUGGUAUCCAGAUGA